UUACUCUUCUUCGCGAUGUGUCACACACAAGCGCCACCACUACCAAUGCUCGAAAAUCAAUACCGUUCGGUGUGGAGAUUAGGCCGAUGUUUUCGUUUGUGAGCAACAUUUUUGUACCGCGUGAUCAUCAGAUCAACGUGCUUUCAACUGUUCGCUGGGCGUAUUUUUAGUGUACGUGCGUGAAACUUAAAUUCAAAAGGGUUGUUUUCCACUGUAAUUUACAGUUAAGUGGAACGUUUGAAGAAAACGCAACAAACGUGUGUAUACUAGUGAACAAAGUUUGUUGUAUACCAUCUGUCAAAAGCUCCGAGUAGACCAGCUGACACCACUCAACAUCGUUCGGUGUCAGGCUGUCAUAUACCGACAACGGGUGCGUGAAUGUGUUCUGGUCUUAGCGUGUCUGGCUGACGUGUUCGUUAUGAACGUGGGUCGAACCACCGUUUAGGUUCCGCAAAACACGGCCCAAUAGCAGCGUCGAGUUUCCCCGAUUCGACAGGCAUACACACAAACACACACAGAUAGACAUACCCGGUAGGGGAGGGAGGCAUCAACCAUCCGGCUGACUGCACCAGUGCCAUACGAUUCACGAAACGGACGUGAACGAAUCGUGACAUAAUCCGUCACAUACGCGACAGUUGAAAUUUCCAUCCCUGCGGGUUGGGGAAAAGUCGAACAUAGUUUCCAGUGCCAUCCAGUGGCACAAAAGACACCUCCACACCACAGACACACGCUUCAACGCGCCAACAACUGAUCUAGGCGGGACGAAUUUUGUGCAAAAAAAGAAGAAAGGAUGGAGUUUGAUUCCGGUUCCGCUGAGCUGAACCAACGAAUAGCCGAAUGGUUGCGAUGGGAUAAGAACGUAAAGACAUCGGAGGAGAUACGCGAGCUGGCACAGCGCCGCGAUUGGAAGGUGCUGGGGGACCGGUUGCUGCAGCGGCUCACCUUCGGCACGGCAGGAUUGCGUGGUGUGAUGCAGGCCGGUUUCAAUGCGAUGAACGAUCUCGUGGUAAUACAGUCGGCGCAAGGAUUGGCCAAAUAUUUGCUACAGUGUUACCCGACCGCGGAGGACCGUUCGCGUGGCGUUGUGCUGGGUUAUGACGGACGGUACAACAGCAAAAGAUUCGCCGAACUAAGUGCUUGCGUUUUCCUUAACGAAAACAUCCCAGUUUGGCUGUACAGUCGAACCGUCGCUACACCGUUCGUUCCGUUCGCCGUACUGGAGCUAAAAUGUUUGGCCGGCAUUAUGGUAACCGCUUCGCACAACCCGAAGGAAGACAAUGGCUACAAGGUGUACUGGACGAACAGUGCACAGAUCAUACCACCGCACGACAAAAACAUACAGACAUCAAUAAUGGAGAAUUUGGAACCGCUCGAAACGUCCUGGAACCUGGAGCUGCUGCUGUCGGACAAACUUAACGAUCCGUACGACCAGAUGGUGGAGCUGUACUUCCGCAAACUUCAAGCGAACGUACCGCAACCGUUCAUCAGCGACUACAACACCACCAGCCCGUUGCGGUUCGUCUACUCGGCCAUGCACGGUGUCGGCUAUCCGUUCGUGGUGAAAGCGUUCGAGUGUGCCCGGCUACCGGCAGUCAUUGCCGUGCCGGAACAGCGCGAUCCCGAUCCGGAGUUCCGCACGGUAAAGUUCCCAAACCCGGAGGAGGGCAAAUCCAGUCUGGUGCUGUCGAUGCAGCUUGCCAACGAAACCGGAUGCGACGUGAUACUGGCUAACGAUCCGGACGCGGACCGGUUGGCUUGUGCCGAAAAGGAUACAAAAGGUGAAUGGCGCGUUUUCACCGGCAACGAGCUGGGUGCACUGUUGGGCUGGUGGGCUAUACGAUGCUACCGGGAACAGUAUCCGGACCGCAGUCUGUCCGACUGCUAUCUGAUAGCGAGCACGGUAAGCAGCAAGAUGUGCCGCUCGAUUGCGAACGUUGACGGGCUGAACUUUAUCGAAACACUGACCGGAUUCAAGUGGAUGGGGAAUAAAUCGGUGGAACUGCUUUCCCAAGGCAAAACGGUACUGUUCGCGUUCGAGGAAGCGAUCGGGUUCAUGGUUUCCCCGACCGUGCUCGACAAGGAUGGUGUCAGUGCAGCCUGUCAUCUGGCCACAAUGGCAUGCUAUCUGCGUGCCACCUCUAACCAAUCGUUGGCAGACAAGCUAAACGAACUGUACGACAUAUAUGGGUUCCACUGUACAUUCGCUUCGUACCACUUUUGCUACGAACCACCCGUUAUCGAGCGGAUCUUCAAGCGCAUCCGUAACCUCGGACCCGCUGGAGAUCGUGCGGAAGGCCAGAAUUAUCCACAAACGAUUGGUGCUGGUCGGUUUAAGAUAGCGGACGUGCGAGAUCUUACCACCGGGUACGAUUCCUCCCAGCCGGACGGAAGUGCCGUACUGCCGACGAGCAAAAGUUCGCAAAUGAUAACGUUUUCGUUUGAAAAUGGAGCCGUCGUCACGUUGCGUACGAGUGGUACCGAGCCGAAAAUUAAGUAUUACGCCGAAAUGUGUGCCCAGCCAGGACAACGUGACUGGAACGGUUCGAAGGCAACACUGCGCGAGAUGGUGGACUGCAUUGUGGAGGAGUUGUUGCAGCCGAAAGAAAAUAAUCUCACACCAAGAUCCGACUAAGCGGAACGAUGGCUAGUUCAUUUAACACAGCUCUGACACUUACUGAUCUUUGCCAUAUAUGUGUUGAGUCCUGUCGCUACUGUCCCAUCAUUCCGUUGAGUGAACAUGACCACUCCUCACGUACAAUGUUAAAGUGUACGUGCAAAAAAAAAAAAAAUAAAACACACAUCUACACACAUACAGGGGAAUAAGGACGUACAGCUGGCUGUAAUCUCGAAUCGAGGAACUUACUGCUUGAUGAAGCUCACCGAGGCAUGCACUAAUUGACAAUUAUUUACUCUAAUAUAACUACUUCUUACAAAGAGACAUUCUCUCUUGAAUUUGAGUAACAUUUUAAAACCUUUCUUUAAGACCAACCGACUCUGUAUCAUUUCAGUUCCUUAUAGAAGAUUGAACGUAGAAAUGGAUUAAAAAUAGAAGAAAACAAAAUAGAACCAAUUAUCCAUUAUGCUGAUGUGUUUAAAGUUUUGCAAAGCUUUUUAUUAUGCUCCUAUAAAUUGUGUUACUAUUUAUUUAUGCGUUUUAAUGAGUAACAAAUUGACAAACCAAACGAACAUAAUUGUAACCGGUUAAUUAGGGUUUUGCAUCCGAGCAGUAUAUGGAAGAGAAGAAGCAAAAAAAAAACACAGCGGAUGGAAACAACAUCUCAAACCUUGUCUUGUAGUUUGUAAACCAUUUGGUAAUGUGAACAGUAGCUCACAGUAAUAAAUAAAGAAUACAUUAAACAGCAUUAAAAUGCUGUUGGAAGCAUAAA